AUGGCUAUCACACCUUGCGUAUCUGUUUUGCGUGAUCCAAGACAGUUGGGGGGACCUUGGCCCGCGAGUAGGAGAGAGUUUUGGGUGCCUGACCAGGUGCCUGCGCGUUUGCCAAUCGAGCACAACGUGUGUAUCAAGGGGAUUGAACGCGUGACGACGGAGUCGAACGCACCUUCCAACAGAGUCGAAUGUACCUCUAAAAAACAAACAAGCAAACCUACUCCUCUUCUGUUUUUGUCUCCAUCCACUUUAUAUCGCGAGCAUACCAUCCACAAUGAUGAUGAAGAACAAUUGAGGAAUUUUCGAGAGAACCCCAUCGGAAACAGCCUUGAUGGCUUCCAUGAUGAUGUCAAAAACAAUGUCCGGAAGGGGUUGACCUUCGGGCGGAAUGCAUGGUUACCACCAAAUCGGGUACACCGGCGCCUCAUCCUUUCCAAGUAUGGGAUUUCUAUCGAAUACGGAGCAUCUUCAAAGCUGGCAUGUACCGCCUGGCCGACUUUGCGGAAGAAAGCCGGCAUCCUUCACCGAGAUAUAUCUCUGGGUAAUCUCAAGGUGAGCAAGGAAGAUGAUCGCGGGUUUUUGAUCGACUUGGAUCACGCCGUCAAGGAGGUACAUCUUCAAGGCUCCGAGCGAAUGGUUGGCAUACUGACUUUUAUGGCCAACGGGGCACUCGAGGGUAAGCGGCACUGGUUCAUGCACGACCUUGAGUCAUUCUUUUGGGUGUUGUUCUGGAUUCGCAUCCACCACGGAGGAAUGGGCGAAGAUUUAAGCCACGAUCUCCGGGAUCUCUACAAGUGGUGGCACUACGAGAGCGCGAGCUGGGUGGCAAACGUCAAGCUUGGACUUGUGGCCUUGGAGGAGAGGUUUACGAGAAAAGUCAACGAGCAAAUCGGGCCACGCCAUGCUUCGCUUGCCCCGGCGCUAAAUGAGCUGCAACAAGUGGUAUUUUUUGAAGACGAAGAACAGAGAUUGUUGCGGGGCCGGGAAGACGAGAACCUCUAUGCGUUGAUGAAGGAGAUUCUGAGGCGGGAUAGGGGGGAUGUUAUUAUCGAGGACGCUGCAAAGGAUGGUGAAAAGGUUUUGGUUAGAUGA